AUGCCUCAUAAAAAGCUUUACGGACCUUGCAGCGUUUUAAAUUGUGAAAAUAACAGCCCAAAAUUUCGUACUUUCACCAAAGUGGCGUAUAGAAAAGCAGUAGAGAAAGGCACAUAUCCUAAGUGUAAUUACUUGAAAAUCGGUCAAGAGAUCUGUUUCUCUCACUAUUUAUCAAUUGUAGAACCAGAUAGAUCUAUUAAAUAUAGAAAAAAUAAACUUCCGAAAAAAAAUCUUCCACGAGAAGCAAUUCAUUUAUUAGGCAGUACGAGAAAUGAAGAAAGUAUUGUUGAUUCUGAAAAAGUUGAUGAUGAUAUUGCUAAACUUAUAAAAGAAGAGGCAAAUUUUGAAAAUGAACAAAGUGAAAAAACUGUUUUGGAAAUGCAUGAAAGUGACCUUCAAAGAAAUCAUUCAAAAUAUUUUCCAUCAGAAAAUGUAUUUGAAGAACAGGUUUUUACAUUAUAUGGUCAAUUUAACCGGAAUGAUUUAAAACAUAUUGAAUAUGCACAACAAGCUCUUAAUGGUGCAACCAAAUCACUUCGUAGAGCUCUUUCAUGUUCGAUAUGGAUACUUUUAGUGUUAAGAACAUAUUCAAUUCAAAUUAAAUUCAAACAUUUAUAG